UUCUCGCUAAUUUUCAUUUUCGAUCGCGUGCCGACCACAAGAGCGGAUCAGAAGUCGGAGGGCACCGACGAAGAUCUAUCGAUCACAGCGUACGCUUUGCUGGGUAUAUUUCUACGAAUACUCGGUUCAAGUUGUGACACACCAGAGGCUGAUAACGUCGAAAGUGCCGGUCAGGGAGCGACAUGAGGUUGUCGACGCUGCUACCCCUUUUGGGGCUGCUCGCGCUUGGAUACGCUGAAAGAUGCCCCAGGCAAAGAACAUCGCCGGGAAAGGAAAUUCUCUGUUACACGUCCAGCAACGACCCCGAAGAAUUGGCAGACGUCAUUUGCAAAUGUACAACGCUCGUUCACCAGGGACAUGAACUCCACAAUCUCACAACCGCUGGGAUCGAGGAGCUCCAGAAGGUCCUCAAGGAGGCGAACCCCGCCCUCCAGUUCGUCAUAUCCGUGACGGACCCGCAGCACUCCCUCAGGACGUCCGCAACGACGCGCCAAGAGGCGUCGGGACGCCUCGCCAAUAUUUUGUCACAGGUCGACGGAGUCGAACUCGACGUGACCGCCGGCUCCAAGGAACGUCUGACGCACUUUGUCAAGGGGCUUAAGGACGAGAUGACCAGGAAAUCUAACGAGAAGAGGAUAUUAUUGGCUCUUCCAACGCAACCGGAGGAGCUUGCGAAGCAGUACGAUAUUAAGGCCUUGGCAAAAUACGUUGACCUCUUCACUCUGUCGACCAACUACCUCUUCGAUGAAACUGAAUCAUCCCACACCUUCCACCCUUCUCGUCUCAUGGGUAUCUUCGAUAUGCUAAACGCGGACAGCUUGGUCGAUCUGAUCAGCGGUUUGGGAGUGCCGAAAAAGAAGCUGCUCAUUUCUCUGCCAGCUAGCGCCUACAAAUUCACCCUGAAAACCAAGGAUAAGACAAUUCCCGGAUCACCGACCGAAGAAGAGAAGCCUACGGUCAUCAGCCAGAAAGAGCUCUGCGAUUUGAUGAGUGCGGGCGAAUGGACCGUCGAAAGGGACACGGACCUGACCGCCCCUUACGCCUUCAAGGAUUCCACGUGGAUCGCCUUCGAGGACAAGACCUCGGUCGGAAUAAAGGGCAAGUACGUCUUGCUUCGAGAACUUGCCGGUCUGGGAAUUCACGACGUCGAGAAUGAUCAGAAAAACAAUUGUGGUAAGCCGAUUACCUACGAGGUGUACAAUUCCUUCACGGACAUGAAAAGGAAAACACGCGGCGCAGUCUUGGCUUCAUUGGAGAAUGACAUCAACCAUGUGGACAUCCCCACAUCGAGACAUGUCAAGUCCUCCGGAUACAGAAUCGUCAGAGUAGUUGAUACGGCUGGUGCAAUCCAUGCGAUCCGUGAGAACACGCAAACCGAAUUCAUAUGUACCAGACAAGGAUAUUUUGUGCACCCAAAGAGUUGUAACAGAUUCUACCGUUGCGUCAAGUUCGAUCAAGGAGUCGACGACUUUUCCGUCUUCGAAUUUGACUGCCCAGCCGGUUUGGCAUUCGAUGAACGUACCGAGGUCUGUGUCUGGCCAGGAUCUCUGACUGAAGGAUCACCCUGUCCAGGAAGUAGUGAGAUCGCCCCAGUUCCUCGCGCUAGGUUCCAGUGCCCUGAACGUGACGGUUACUAUGCCGACCCUCAGAACUGCAGAUGGUUCUUCGCCUGCUUUGAUUUAGGUGAACCAGAACCGAUGGCAUACGAAUUCCGCUGUCCCUUCGGCCUGGUGUUUGACGAGCAAAAACUGAUCUGCGAGUGGCCAUGGCUUGUACCUGGCUGUGGAGCAUCAGGAUACUCCAGGACAGAGUACGGAGGGGGAGAAUAUGGUAUUAGGCAGCAAGGAAACGGAGCAGGAUAUGGACAGGGUUCGGGUAAUGGAGGUGCAGGCUAUGGAGACUACUCUGGCACUGGCAUAAGCAUAGGUGGGGCUGGACAGUAUCGAUCAGGGCCUGACAGUUCCCUGUACAAAGGAUCUAAACCCAGUGAAUCCAGGUAUACCGAAACUGGACCUGGUCAAUAUGAUGGGGCAAAUAGAGGACUUAAAUAUCCUGGGGAUGGAAGAUAUAGAGAGCAAGGUUAUUCAGGACAAGGAGCUGACGGAUCAGGAUACUCUGGUGCGGAUGGUGCAGGAGGUGAAAGAGGCAUAGGAAGUGCCGGAAACGCAGGAGGCAUAGGAGGUGUAGGAGGUGCUGGGGGCAGAGGAGGAGUAGGAGGCACAGGAGGUGCUGGAGGCAGAGGAGGUACAGGAGGAGCCGGAGAUGACGGAGGUGCUGGAGGUUCAGAAGAUACAGGAUCUAAAUAUUUCGGUGCGGGAGGAGCGGGAUAUGGAUAUUCUGGGGCAGGAAAUGCUGGAGGAGCUGGAUCUCAAUAUUCUGGUGCAGGAGGAGCGGGAUCUCAAUAUUCUGGUGCAGGAGGAGCGGGAUCUGGAUAUUCUGGAGCAGGUGGCGCCGGAUCUCAGUAUUCAGGUGCAGGAGCAAACUCUGGGUAUUCUGGUACUGGAGGCGAAGGACUCGGAUAUUCUGGUGCGGAAGGAGCGGGAAGUGGAUAUUCUGGAGAAGAUGGUACAGGAUCUAAAUAUUCUGGUGCGGGAAAUGCAGGAUCUAAAUAUUCGGGAUCAGGUGGAAACACGUAUUCCGGAUCGGGUGGUGAUAGAUCAAAAUACACGGGUGCAAACAGUGGAUCCACGACAUUUGGAACUGACGUAUCAGGCCAAGGAGGGGACACAGGAAGCACAUACACCGGGUACUCGGGAUCAGGUUUAACCAGCUCAUCAAAUUCAGGAACCACAUCUGGCUUUGGAUAUAGCGGAGCUCACAACAGCGCAUCAGGACAUUCGGGAGCUGGUGAAAUUGGCACGAAAUACUCCGGAUCAACCGGAAGUGGAUCUGUCCACGGUGUGUACCCUGGUGAAGGUGUUUCAAUCGUCGACUACGAGGCAUCCAGAAAACCUGGAGUCGUAAUAGAGACGGUGCCCAUUGGGCAGGGACCCGCCUCCUCGAUUUACCAAACCGGCACAACGGGAAGCGGAUACGUUUCCACCGUCGGACACACCGGGAGUGUUGCUGGAAAUAGCGGUUACAACGGGUUGAGCUCAUCUACCAAAUAUGGAGGAUCUGGCAAAGACGGACUCACCGUUUCCGUGCAGACGGGAGGAUCCGGUUAUAGUAGCUCUUCGGGAGUUGCUGGAGAUUACUCUGUGGACCAUAGCGGCACCAGCGAUUCCGAUGGACAGGACGUAGUCAACGGCGGAAGGAAUCCAGGUUCGGUUGUCUUGACCGGAACUAGCGAAAGUGGAGACAGUGAAUACACUAGGAAACAAAACGCUGGAUACAUCUCGUCGGGACAGGGUGAUUUCGACGCACAAGAUGUGGUGAACGGAGGAUACAAUUCAGGUUCCAUUAUAGUGAAUGGGGCAACCGGAAACGGAGCUGGCGGCUACAAUGGACAAGGAAUCAACUCUGGCUCAGUUGCUGUCACCGGAACCACAGGAAGCGGAUACACUGGCGGGUACACCGGCAGACCCAUAACCGGAAAUGCGUUCACCGGUGUCUCGAGCUCUGGAAGUGGUUACUCCACCCCUCUGACAACUCUCAAUCCAGCCUACAGUGUCUUCGGUGCUAGGAAGCCAGUAACGCCAGCGCAAGAAAUUUUCUUGCAAACUGUGACUCCUGGAUACUCGGUCACAAGCUCCGGCAUCAAGAGUAGCGUAGCGUACGGAUCAUCUUCCGGAUCGAAGGGUGCAGGUGGCGUUGUAACAGGAGGCAGCGGAUACGUGGAUAACGGCUCGUCCAGCACGGUCAGCGAGGUUGGUAAGGGAGGAAUUUCGACUGGGACAACGACGUACCAUGGCAAAGGAGGAAGCUCGAGCAGCUAUUUGUCCACCAAGACUUCCAACGCCAAUGGAAACGGUAUUCAGGGCGGUUUCGUGACGAGCAACGUGCAUACGGGAACAGUUCUAUCUCACGACGGCUCCUCAGGUACUGUCAUUUCUGGAAACGAAGAUGAGGGUUCGGUUUACGUAGGAUCCAGCACGCCUGGAUACGUCGAGACUAAUUCCGUGACUCCAGGGUAUGUUAUCAAUGGAGUAACGAAAACCGUUUACGGUCAGAGCACGCCUGGAACGUUCAUCACGGGAACAUCCGCGCCUGGAGUUGUUCAUCAAGGUAGUUCCGGUCCCAGUUCUUAUGUUGAUGGGCAGAUCUAUAAGGGAGCCGGUGUCCGCGGCUCGACCGUGAAUGUGGCUGGUGUCAGGGGAUCGACCACGUACUAUGGCAAUACUGGUGCCUCUGCAGGCAGCAAGGGUGGAGCCUUCAGUGUUAACGGAGGCGUAAGUUCCAUUCAAGAUAGUGGUUACAAGACAAACGAAUACCACGAUAACGGAGGACGCGGAACCGUGACAUACAACAACGGCUACACCACUACGAAGUUCACCGAAAAAGAGCUCCAAGAUCGUUUUCCAACCUACGCUUCUCUGCCGGACACUAUCGUCUCAGGCGGAAGAAUAGAGGGAAGUAAUGGCGUAGUCUUGGGAAACACUCUAGCUGGAUUUGACGGAUACACAAGCCAGCAAUUUACUAAGACGGGACCGACCAAGACUGGAUUCACGACCGCUCAAAUUGGUGGCACUGGAUCGUACGUUACCAACACAGGAUACCGUCGACCUACGCCGUCACCAGCACAGCAGAAUGUUGGCAGCCAAGCCUUUGCAACGGGUCAGGGAUCGAACAAGGGAUACGCCACCGGUGGUGGUUCAAUCGGAAAUGACGUUAACGGACUCGCCUACGUUACGUCGACUGUCGCUCCGGACGUGAGUCAUAUCGACACGUCCAAAAUCAACCUUGGUCCUGCAUCAAAGGGUGGAUCAUCCGGCUACCGCUACACAAAGCCAGCGGUACAAUUUGUCACUGGAAGUGUGACAUCCUCGACUCCAACUCCGUUCUCCGUAACCUACCAGGAGUCCGUUGCUCCUCUUACUGUUACGACACCAGCGUCUCCGCACUUGAACGUUGAAGUGUACAACACUCCGUCCGUCGUCACGUCGGCACCAAUCACGGCCGCCCCAGCCGUCGUCAACACUUACAGCUACAGACGGCCUUCCAGUGGAUACAAGCAGCCAUCGUACCAGACCGCUGGUUCUCCGACCGGAAGCCCCGCCUUCGGCGGCUACAAAUACAGACGACCAACUCAAAGCCCCAUUUAUCAGGGUUCCAGUGAAGGUGACCAGCAGCUAUUCACCGUCAGCUCAACCCCAGCCCCCAUUGCUUUUGCUACGAGACCAGCGGAUAUCUACAAAUCGACUCUCUUCGAGGCAGCCAAGCUACCUUCUGCAGUGUCCAGUCUCGCACCAGUCUUCGACAACGGAUACAAGACCAUCGUCUCGUCAACAGCUGCUCCGGUCGCUGUCACGACUGGUCAGUACUUCUACAAGGACAGCAGAUUCGAAACAAGUUCAGCUGUAAGCGGUCUGACGUCCGGUGAAUUUGACAUCGACAACCAGCAACCUGGUACAGUAUUUCAGAAAAUACCGUUCAGCUCGACACCCUCUCCCAACACUGAGGACGGCUACACUUACCAAAAACCAACGAAACAGCUUACCUACAAUUCUCCUAGCACCGUCACUCCUUCAGUGACCAUCUACCAGCAACCGAAAUACACCAUCGGAGAGCAACAGGUUAAAUACUCUACGGCCGGUACACCCGCUCCAGACUUUGAUGGCUCGUACCAAAAACCGUUUAUCCCUGCCCGUCCAGCUGCGAAGCGACCGACUUACCAGAAGGAAUUCGGCUCUGUGUCGACGUCCUUCUCUUCCGCAGGAGCGCAAGGUUACCAAUACUCGAAGCCCACGGUGAAGUUCGUCUCUUCGACCGCAAGUCCCGACUAUACAGGUAGUCGUGGAGGCUCUCCGACUAACUUAGAUAUCCCGCAAGACGAGGUCAAGAAACUGAUCGGCAACUACGAACGCGGUAGCGUCAAGUACACUUCGAAUUCAUACGGCGACGAGAGCAUCGGAAGCGUCGUCAACUCAGGAGCUUUUGGCUACAAAGACAUCGGCAAGAGGCCAAGUGUCACCCCUACAGUCUUUGUGUCCUCAACGGCGUCACCGGCCUACCAACCAACGACUCCGGACUCUAAGAUUCGCGCAAACGCCUUUGGCAAGUACAUUUCGAGCAGCCUGAGCAGUUCAUCCGGUUACAGAGGUGCUGGCUACUACUCAUCGCCAACCCCAUCGUACGAAAUCUCAACGUUGCAGACGCCGGCGAAAGAAGGAAAGGGCAAAGUGAUCGUUAAACUGAGCGACCUGCACCCUCUUCUGCUAGGAAAACUCGGCGCUCAAUGUACCUGUAGGUCAGAUCCGUUCGAAACUCUUCGUGGUCCGGGUGCCAAAUCCGUCCUGAUAAAAUCCAACAAGGGAAAGAUCGAUCUAUCGAACUACGACGAAUCCGACGUUUACGUAGACCUUGAAGCCGACCGCGAACCCGGCCAAUCCGUCGGUUAUUACAGAUCCCCGACUCCAGGGCCUUCCGCAUCCUCCUUGAGGACUCCGGCGAUUGCCAUCUUCGGCGUGACGACUCCGGCGCCUCCGCAGGUCUUCAGGUCCCGCGGUAAGCCGUCGACCGCCUACCUUCCGACUGCUUCAACCCCUUCAACGAUCGGCGGUUCUUCCGGUCCGGUAAUAGUCGUUCCAGAUGACGGUGGCCUUGGAAGCCCGUCGGACAUCGCUGAUACCCAAUUCGUUAACGCUCCGGAAGGCUUCGCCAAAGAAGGUGCUCCCGUAGGUCGCACUGCUGGAGCUAGAAGGAAGAGUGAAAAGAGUUUCAGCAGCGCUGGAGCGACCGGAAAUGCUAUCGGCGGUGCAGGCGCCGCGUUCGAUCGGUACGGACCAGGUGGAUGGCGAAACGACGACGAGACUUUACAGGGUGGCUCGGACUGCGCUAGAGCCGGACUCUUCCGCCAUCCGAAGUACUGCAACAAGUUCUACGCCUGUCACUACGACGAGUGGAAGCAGAAAUUCACUCUCCACGUCUUCAACUGCCCGGUUCACCUCAGCUUCGACAGCAGCGCUGGUGCCUGCAACUGGCCCACCAAGGGACCCGCUUGCCAGGAUGAUAAUCUUCUCGUUUAAGAAAUCCCUCAUCGCCAUGACUACAAGAGUCGCUUUUGCGCGGUCUCUAUACCCCAAGAUCUAACGUUUAGCUUCGAAUCCGUUUGACGGAGUGAAAGGGUUCGCGGUUUGAAGAUUUUUCGCAAAAUUCUAUAUCCUAGUAUCGAAAUCAUCAUAGUCAUGCUUGGUACCGUUUUACAGCUUGUAACUUUCAUUGUAUCAACGAGAAAACGAACGUUGUGAAUUACUGUCUCUCUCUCUCUCUCUCUCUUUUUAUACACUUCUUCAGAGACCCGUUCUCUACUACCGCAGCACUAAAUAUUCUGCGACGAUUCGAACCAGACACGGUGACAGCGAGUGAACACGUCCAACGUUCCGUGGGUGAAAGUAGCUCGCAAUGAUCGGCUGGAACGCUGUGUGGCUAUAGGAGCGAAAAAGUUGAACCUUGUAUUUAACGUGUAUACUGAAUAACAUUUAUAUAUAUAAUAUAUAUGAAUAUAUAGGCGUAUUAUAUAGGUAUACAUAUAAUAUAGGUACACGAAGAAAUCUGUGUGCUUAUAUAGAGCAGUGUAAAUAUUUUACGUUUCUACGUUAAUUUCUUCUGAAUUUGUAUAUAUUGGGACAAGCGUAUUUUUUUGGGGAAGUAGUAAAAAGAGACAC